GCCCGCCCCUGCCCGCUCCAUUGUGGAUCAGCGUUCAGCUGGAAGCCACUCUUCCAUCCCUGGCACCGGAGUGGCGCACCACGACGAGCUCAGCCGAACCAGGAGCGCGCCAUCAGGAUGCUGGGUAGUCCAGACGCGUUUUCUGGCAGAGCUACACUGAUGGAUCUGGAUGGAGAGGAGGAAGAGAAGAGAAGAGAAGGAAGGAUGGGAGAAAGCGAGUGAGGAUGAAGAGAACAUGCCUGCUGGCUUCCUGUCUGGACGCAUUACAUUGUCAUGAGCUGAUAUUUCACCAACGCAGCCAGAAAAACAGCACUUCCUGUUCUCUGCUGUCAACUCCAGGAUUUUCUCUUGGUUUUCUUGCAUCUUAUCUUAUUCAUCAUUAUCUACCUUCAAAUUCUGCACAGUGGUGCAGUGGUUAGCGCUGUUGCCUUGCAACAAAAAGGUCCUGGGUUCAAAUCCCAAUUUUCUGCAAGGAGUUUGCAUGUUCUCCCUGUGCAUGCGUUCUCUCUAUGUGCUCCGGCUUCCUCCCACAGUCCACAGUCAUGACUGUGACCUUGUGUGGAUAAGUGGGAAUAGACAAUGAAUGGAUGAUACCUUCAAAUUAGUUUCUGGGAAAAUGAUGUUUAGCCAGAUUAAAAGUCCCUGAAACCAUCUCAUCCAAAUUUUUGCCCAUUGUGCUUGAUUUUUUGUAUUUAUUUUUAUCCUGCAGUAAAAAUCACAAAUUAAAGCACUUUUAUAGAUCAUCACACAUAAUUGCAUUAAUCAUGGCUCUUGCUGGAUAUUGUUGCGAUUUGAAGUAGUUUCAGUGAAUCUGGUGAAGAGUCCUGAUUGUUCUUCUUCUCUGGUGUUUCUGUGGGUGGACCUGAGUCGGUGGCUAUUGUUUCCAAAAUGAUCAGACUCACCUUCUCUUUUGGAGUCAAAAUGACCAGAUUUUAGAUCUGAAUCCACGGUUUUGUUGAACCGAUCAGACGGCUUGUGCUCUUGUGUAACACUGACUUCAAAACCAUUGACUCACUAACACAUCUUAGGCAAUAACAGGAAAUGCAAAAGUGUUUUAUCUUUUUUUAUAUCUGGGGACAGAGGAACAAUAUCAAUCAAAAUGAGUGACUGGAUAAUUUGGUUAUUUAAGACACUAUUUACCAAUCAAUCAAAACAUACAAGAAAACACCAAUAAUUAUUUCUAGAGGAAGUUUCUCAAUUUUAAACUCACAUGUUCAUGAAUAACUUUGAACCCGCUGUUAGAUUAAGAUUAAGCCCCAUUAGUUCUCCACAUUACAUCCAUCUAAUGGGGGAGCAGUGAGCUGCAGACACGGUUGUGCUCGGGAACUAUUUGGUGGUUUAACCCCCCAGUUGAACCGCUUAAUGCUGAGUGUCAAGCAGGGUGGCAUUGGUUCCCUUCUUUAAAGUCUUUGUUGUGACCCAAUUGUGGAUUUGAACCCACAAUCUCCUAGUUCCAGGGUAAACAGUAAUACCACUAAUCCACUGAGAUUGCAGCAAAACCAGUACUGUUCUUUUUUUUGUGCUUUAUUUAUUUAUUUUUAUUCAAUAAUUAGAUUUUAAAUGAUCUAAAGUCCAUUCAGGAGAGCUACCGUGCUAGUAUAAACCACUACAUGUUAGUUAAAGUGCAUUAUUUUCACUGAAAAUCUAAUGAUGAAAUAAUUCAUUCUGGUCUGUAAAUAUAUGGCUUUUUCUGCAUUUGCUGACCACGUUUUAACACGUUAACUUUGUUGGAAAAUAAUCAUAAAUGUGUUUUGGUUGUGAUACACAACAAUAAUAUUGGGAAAUUAUGAGAAAAGACAAAAGUAGGGAAUCUAAUAAUAUGAUAAUCCAUAAUUCAAUAUUAAAAUUCUUGUUUUUAACUCAGAUCUGAAUAGUAGCAUGUAAAUACUUCAUAUUAAGCAAUUUAUUAUCACAUUAUUAUCAGUUUUUUGUCAUUUGGCUGGUUUAAAGUGAUUCGAUCCACUUAUUAAUAAUGCUAUCAGUAUGACUGCUUUAACUAAAAACUGGUUAUUAGGUAAUCAUUAUAGAACUUUUAUUUGUGUAUUUUUUUAAAUCCUGCAGUAUUUUUUAAAUAAAAUUUUCAAAACAAUUGCAAAAAUGUUCUUGUAACUCUGUAAGCUCCUGAUGAUUUAUUAUUUAUUAGAUGAAGAGAGUUCAUUAGGACUGACGCUGACUAUCUGUUGAUAUACAACUAUUUCUUUAUUGAUUUGCAAAAUAGGGACAUGUAUGAAUCUUGUGAAGCCGCUCUGAGGGCUGCUGAACGGCACUGUGAUGUGCACAGAACCGACAUGUGACACAGUCCACAGUAAUGGAUCAAGACGUCAGAGGAGCACUGAGAUGCUAUCAGGCCAACACUCCUGUAAACAUCGAGCCUGGCUGCAGAGGGAGGGAAUAAAACAUGCCAUUACCAAAAGAUUUAAAGCACCUACUUUUGUAUCUCAACAUGCACUUAAUGCUUUCUGGGCAUUUCUCUAUGAAAUACAGAAUGCACGGCACUACAUUUUACUUUUUAUGCUAUUUUAAACUUGUUUUCCAUAAAACAGUUGCAAAUUUGUGAAUAUGUCUGUUGUAUUUUAUCUAUAUAAGGUUAACUCUGACUGAGCUGUUGGUUUGCUCACCGUAAACGUCCCCGUCUGUUUUAUGUCUUCGCAGUUUGAGUGACAAACCUGCUGUCCAGUCACCACCAUGAUAGCCACGGGCGGCCUGCUGCGCAUGAACAGGCGGCAGGAUUCGCUCCGGUCCAAGAAUCGAGCUGAAAAUAAGAGGAAGAGGAAAUCCAAGAAAAAGAAGAAAAACGACGUGGUCGUUGUGAAAGGGAAGCUUAAUCUCUGCUCCCCAGCCGGUUUGGUGGCCGCUGUGGGCGUCAUGGUCCUGAUGGUUGGGAUUUCCAUGGCCGUGUUAGGGUACUGGCCCAGCCAGAACCAGCAGGAGUACCAGGAGCGAAGACGAAAUGGAGCGUUUCACAACAGCAGGAUGAGCUACUCCAGAAGUCCACCUGUGUCAUCCAACCUGACCCAUGAGAAGUCUGCUUCGAGCCAAACGGAUGUGUUCAACCAGAGCCAUUCUAACAGCAGCGCCCCUCACCCCUCUCCUCACUGUGGCGUCCUCUGCGACUUCCUGGAUAAUUACCUGUACUCAGACAAUCUGAAAGUGUUCGGCCCGCUGGUGAUGGGAAUCGGCAUUUUUCUCUUUAUCUGUGCCAACGCAGUCCUCCACGAAAACCGGGACAAGAAAACUAAAAUCAUUAACCUGAGAGACAUCUACUCCACAGUGAUCGAUCUGCACAGCAUACGCUCGAAGGAGUACUCUCCCCUGAAUGGCCUGGUCAACUACACUCAGUCAAGAAGUGCUGAAGGACCUUCGUCUUCAUUCCCAGCAAGUGGGUUGCUCACCCGCAGCUCCUGGCCUUCCACUGGACUCAAUCCGAAAGAGGAGACAGAAAGCGAAGAGGUAUUCAGACGCUCCUCAUUGGUGAGUCGACCGCGUAGCUGGUCCAGAGAUGUCCAGACCUUCACGGAGACGGUCUACAGUAUCUACAAAGACUACAGCAAUAGCAGUGAGCAGGCCCCCCAGCCUCGGCAAUGGGAGACCACCUCCAUCGUCGCCUCCUCCGUGAACGCUUUCACCCUACCCGUGAUCAAACUCAACAAUUGUGAGGUGGAGGAGUCUGAGAGAGCGGAGGCAGAAGGGCGCUCUGAGGAAGAGGUUGUUAUUGAGGCUGCUGCUGGAAACAUUAGUGAGGAAGGACACGACAGCAGCAGCCAGGCCGAUGAGAUGGAUGGUAAGCAGAGGGAAGCAGCAAUGAUGGCCUUCCCACCUCCCCAUCAGAGUCAGGAGAACAGAACCACAGAGACAGUUAUUCAACAGGGGGUGCCUCAUGCACAGCUGUUUGCUUCAGCACCUGCUGCCACGGUAAUGGGUUCAAACACGUCACUGAACUUCUUCACGGAUCAGCCGAGGCCUGCACGCCGCUGCAGCCUGUCUGUGUCUGGAAGUCGUCAAGGUGACAGAACGAGGCGUUUCAGCUGCCCCCGGCUGGAGCGCUCCAACAGCAAGGGCUACAUCAAACUGACUGACCUGGGGGGUGAGUCCUUCGAAGGCCCUGACUCACAAAUGUCAGCGGCCACAGAACAGGAAUCAGAGAAGGAUGCAACAGCAGCGAGAAGGGAAGGAGCUCAGGGAGAGGAUGCUCUGGAGAAACCUAGCAAUUCUGCAGAGUCUUAGGCUUUCAUUUUUUAAUCACAAGCCUCCUAAAACUGUUUUUAUUUUUAUUUUUUUUGUUUGUUUGUUUUUUUGUACCGUCUGCUAUUAGUGAUGAAAACCUGGAUAGGAAGUACAAAGAGUAUCCAGCUAAUGACUAUUCAGAUAUAGCCAUGAGCACUCGGAGCAGCACUUACCAACACAACCACUGCUCAACAUUCAGACAUAACUUAAAAAAAAAAUGUCAAUGUAGCAAGAGCAAUACUGACAACUUCAAAGGAGUUUUAGGAAAGAUUUGUGCAAAAUCCAUAAAAAGGAGAAGAAAAUCUUACCAGAUGAGUUUUAGCUUUUCUUUUAUACGACACUAGGGCAAACAUUGUAGCUUGUAAAAUUACCACAACAGUCACUGAGAACUGCUGUCCAACAUUGCUUGUACUGUAGCACUACCGUAUGCCACAGAAAAUAGUCUAGACUUGUUUCUACAUUGUUCUGUGAAAAAAAAACGUGAAUUUGGUGAACUGAACUGAAUCUCAGGUGGGUGUUUGGUUUAGCAUUGAGACCUUAACAACGAGGUCUUCCCUAUGUGCACACUUGUUUGUAUGAAACAUACAUGGUUGAAUAAAUCUGACUGUAACACC